AAUAUAGCCUUCGGCAUUCCGGGAAAUAAGCCUAGGCUUUUUGUAAUUGUAAGUCUUUAACUUUAACUAAAUCCAAGAUGACGAUUCGUACUGUUUUAACCAGUAUACUACUGGGUUUUAGAUAUUUGUCGUGAUGGCUUGAUUUGUAAACAGUGCGGUUAAAGGCUAAGAAAUUAAAAAUCAUUAAUAAUUUAAAAGAUCGAGGACUGUAGACCUGGCCUAUUGAAUUGAUUAGUGUAGACUGUACUACUGUAGUGGUGCUGUAGACUGUAGGCUAGGUACUUUGACCGAAAUUUUAAUUAUUGUCCUAGUGCCAUGAUACAUCAUUUUAAAGCUUAAAGGCAAUAAAUAAAAGGCUAGCUAUAAUAGGUACUCCAACUCAAAAUUUCAGAUACAUCUGACAUACACAAGGAGCAUAUCAUUGGAAAGAGCUGACUUUAAGCUUUCCAUUGACACCAAGAUAAUCUUUCUAUCACUUGUAGAAGAAAAGUUAUGAUUUUUUUAGUGAUUUAUUUUUUCCCACUAUUUGGCUUUGUAUUUAAUUUUUAAAACUGUGAUCUAAUUAUUACUCUUUUUGUACUAUUUUGGUUGUAUCUUGUUGGCUUUUAAAGUUAGACUGCUCAAAUUUGGAGAACACAUUUACAAUACAAUGUUUAACAAAAUUAAACACAUGAAUUUUGAAUUAACUUAUUAUAUUUUUUGAAAAAAAUUUUUAUAAGCAUAUAGCAUGGAUAACGACAAUUGUCGAACAAAUUUUUUUUUUCAAAAAAUGACAUAAUUAUUAAACCAAUAAAGCUAUCACUAUGAAAUUUUCAAUACAAACAGAUAAUGUCCAUCUAAAAGUAAGGCAUAUUUAACAUAAAUAAAAUACAGAUCAGAAAAAUUUAUGCAGUAUUAGAAAUAAUAUUUUAUGAAAAGCAACUGCGGCCGAGAAAUUUUUUACAUUUAAAUAUACAACUUUUAAACUAAUAAAGCUAAUGCAAUCAAAUUUUCAGUAAAAAUAGAUAGUGUCCAACCAAAUAUAAUAGAGUAUUAAAAUAUAUCAAAAGCAAUUAAAAUCAUGCUAUGCAAAAUUUUAAAAUGUCAUGUAAUCUGUCGACAUUGUUUCGGCUCCGGAGGUCUAGCAACACUUCAUCCUCAUCAAUUGGUACAUUAAAAAAAUAUGCCUCCAUUGUCAAUAUCAAAUUGGGUUGUUUGUUGAUCUCCUCCAAGUAAAUACAUAUCAAAAUUACAGGGAGUGAUUACAAUCUGUAACUCUGGAAAAUAAAAAAUAAAGAUUAGGACUAUUAAUUUAUGAAUACCGGUACAUGUAAAUAAUGAUUCAAUAUUUUUAAAUAGGCUUCACAAUGUUCUUUAUUAUAUGUACACUUAUAGCUGAUAAUAACUAGGACUAGGGGAUAUCUUACUAUCUAAUUCAUUGCUAUUUGUAUGUCAAAGCACUUUUAUCACUUUGACUUUGUUGUUUUAUCUCAGUAUAUGUAUUAGUUUUAUUGAUCCAAAGCCUGCUCUUAUAUAAUAACUAUAUAGGCCUAAAGUGUAAUUAUUAUUAAAAACCAGUUAUUAAAAAGUAUAUAUUUAAAAUCAAACUACUAAGUUAUAAUACAGGAAAUAUUUAUUUAGUUGUUUGAAAAAGGUUUUAAAUAAUAAUAACCACUGUUUACAUUAGAGAUUUACCACUUCCGGUAGAUCGAGGGGGAAAAAAUGGCCACGACUUGGCAACCUUGAAUUUUUAGUCACACGGUUCAAGCUCUCAUAAAUUUUGGGGACGAUCUAUACUCUUUAAAAUAAGUGUUUCUGCUUUUAAAAUAUAUAAUCUAUGCGAACAAGUAAUUUCCAAGUCCGAACGCGAUUUGAAAAAAAAAAUAUAGCACAGCAAACUCACUUACCCCAAGUCAACUUUCCAAUUAAUCGUCUCAGCAAGGUCAGAUUUCCACUUAAUUCAUACCCUCGUAACCGGCAUGCAUCGCAGAUUUAAAUAAAACCAAGGAGAGUCCUCUAUUUUUAGAAAUGACGCAAAACAACACUAAUCACCAAGAUCUACCGAAAACGAAAAGCGCCGGCUGAUCACAGCGAUCGCCGCUCGGCAGGCCUCGUUUUUCUAUCACGGGCGGCGAAAGUAUUGGAGUGCCUAGCUAUAAACCUAUUAUAAGUAAAAGUAAGUGUUAAGCCUACAACUGUCACUGUCUACUGUUCACUGUUCUGUCAUCUGAUUAAUUAUAAAUAAUUAAUAAUGAUCCUGCUCCUCCUCCUGGUUUAUAAUUUUAAAAAUAUAAAUAUAAUAUCUUGAUCUAAAAAAAAAAAAAAAGUGCAGACAACUGUAAAUAAAUCAUAAGUAAAUAUCAUUUAGUGACUACGGGCUAUCCAUAAAUGAUGUCACGCAUCCUGAUGAUGUUGGGGGGUGUGGUGUGUGUGUUUAAGUUAAGCAAUGUGACUUCAUAUAACAAGCGGAACAUUAUUUGAGAAAAUUGCACCUAAUAAGACGUGAAGUGGGAUGAAACUACAAAUGGUUGACCAGGGGCAGGGGUUACUCUUAGUAAAUAUUCUAUGGUAGGGCUAGGGAUUCUUAACCAUUUCGCAGCGCUGCAUCCCAUCUCAAUUUCGAAACAUUUUCAGCAAACCCCCUCCCCCACAUAAAUUAUAUUGUAAUAAAAUAUUUUAAAAUGAUCAUAAUUAAAUUAUUUAUUUAUUUUCAUUUUAUUUCUCCAACAAACUUUAUAGAAACAAUAUAAAUCUUACUAAUACAAGUAAGGCGCACCUCAAAAUGGUACAUUGAACACCGAAAUCGUAAGAGUAAACAGGUCUGCUCAUAAGAAUUGUGCCAUAUGCUACUUUAACAUACUGAAAAGUAUAAGUCAUAUUAAGAAGCAUUUGAGCGUUAAAAAAAAUUAUGUUUUUGUGUUGGGGGCUCAAAUUAUUAUCUUUUCUUAUAUGAACUAUAAAAAUGUCAUUUCAAACUCAGGCUUCUGCAUGAGUGAAGGGAUCUAGACCAAACUUAGUACACAUACACUUAACUUAGUACACAUAACUAUAAAAAUGUCAUUUCAAACUCAGGCUUCUGCAUGAGUGAAGGGAUCUAGACCAAACUUAGUACACAUACACUUGAUUAUCCAUUUUCAAAUACUGAAGGUUACUGAACUCAUAAUAUCCACGCCUUCGGGGCUGGAGGCCCAAAUUUAAUUUUUUUUUAAAAUAAGCUACAAAAAUACCAGUGGGCUAAGACAGCAAUCUUCUAAAUGAUGAACAUAAGCCAAGCUUUGACUUUGUAGCUGUAUCCUUCAUAAUCCAUAUUAUAUAGCCUAUAUAUUAAAUAUAUAUAUUUAAAUAUUGGCAGAUUUGAAACAAAUCCCAUGACAUGAUAUAUUUCUGAUAUAAUAAAUUUUGUUCUGUUAACAUUAUGCAACAAUAAAUGAUUUAAUAUAAAUUUAAUUUCUUGUUUCGUUUUUGUGGACACAGUUUGAAAAUUUCAUUUAACAUACCAAAUUAUAGGUGGAAAAAUCUGGCAUGUAGCAUGAAAAACACAAUGGAGGGAUUAUUUAAGGGCUGUGUACUUUGGGGAGGGUGGGGGGGUUCAAAGGCACGUUAUCAAAUAAAACUAAAAGUUAGCCAUUGUUAACGUUAGCUACAUGUCUGGAGGUAACUUAAUAAAGAAUACGCAUAAGCUUACGAAAUUUGUUAAGAAAUAAUAUAUGUGCCUCAACUGGACUUUUACCCCAAUGUGUACUUUAGUCAGGUCUCAUGUGUUUGAUCUGCAAAAUUAUAAAUCCAUAUCCCCGUUAUUUUCAUAAUCGUUGUCUUCGUUGUUUAUUAAUUCUAGACUAAUUUCAGUGUCUUCUGUUAGACCUUUCUUCAAAUUGCCAAAUUUAUAAGCAAAAUCUAGAAGUCGUUCACCAAUUCUAGUUGCCCUUGCACCAGCGUUAGUUCGCAAUAAUUUUUUGCUCAGAAAUUCAGAAGUUCCAUGUGAAACUCAGUUUCAUUAGAAUUCCUUAGAUCUAGAUAGGCUAUUCAUUACUUGCAGAUGUUUUGCCCUUUCCUGUAAAUAUUUUGAAAAAAAAUAUUUAACAGUGUCUUAAAAAAUGUAAUAAUUUUUUAUUAAAUCGUAAAAUGCUUCAUCAUCUGGAAUGUCUCUAAGCAUGACAUAUUCGUUUUCCAGGCAGGCAGUAACCUAAUCCUAUUUUAACUUCAAAAUUCUCCUGUUCUUCAUCACACUGCAGGCCAUGCUCAUUUGGUGAAAUUUUAUGCUGCUUUAUUUACAUUAUGGAAUUCUUGUGAAAUGUUAUUGAGUUUCUUUUGUUUGAAAAUAUUUUAAAAGAUAACUUAUUUGUUGAAAAAUACACAAAAAGAUUUGUGCCAUUAAAAUAGUUUUGUAUCAUAACAAAGAACUCUUGAAAUGUUUGCUUUGUUCCGAACUUCCCCCAUUUGACUUUGCAUAUUGCGAGACUUUUUAACGUUUUAACUGUAACGAGGAUAAUUCAAAUUAUCAAAAUUUCCAAAGAUUUUAGUAAUAAAGCAUCUUACCCCCACGAUCUAGUAGUUCCAGUUGUAUUUCAUGUUCAAAUAUGCCCCAUUGAACUAUUGGGAGAUCUGCCCCUGAUUAAAGGUUAAUGUCAGUUAAUUUUUUAAUUUAAAUAUAUAAUCCAUAAUGAAUUAACCUGCAUUAUGUUUUGAAUUUACUUGUGUAAUGACAAAGAUUAUAGACUUGAGCAUUUUGAGUGCUCACAAUCUUCAUGCUUGAUUGGGAAUUUUUUUUUAACACUGAUAAGUUAGGAAAUAAUUAGCAUUUGGAAAUUAAUUUUUUUUUUUUUUUUACAGACUUAACUUAAAACUUUAGUAGAAGAGAACACUGACAAUGCAUCUGGGCACUAAAUUCUCAGUCUUUGGCACUUUAAUGAUCUUCAUUGUUUUGUUAAGCAUCAUACUACCGCUCUGUGCGAGUGAUGAUAGUGGAAGGAUUCCACCAAAUUUAAAAGGUAUAUAUCUUUGGAUUAAUUAAUCAGUCAAAUCAAUUCUUUCAAACAGAGAUUUUUUUUUUUUAAUUAAUAAAAUAAAGAAGGGUCAGGUUAAUGGUUGCUUGUUUUUCAAGAUAGGUUUAAGGUUAAGUAUGCUUACAAAAUGUUAUAAAUCGGAAAAAUAUAUGACUUUAAAAUUCUGUCAUAUUUUAAAAUUCUUUCAUACUGUUAAUUGUAGGUGAUAUCAUAUUAUGAUCAGGAAAAUUUCUUUAUUUUUAAUAUGCUUUUUCCUACUUUUUAAAUUCUAAAGGUAGGCAUAUAUUUUAUUUAUUUUUUUAAAUUUAAGUUUAAGGGGUUUUUUUAAACUUUUUAUUUUCUUAUUUAGGGAAGAAACCUUGUCCUGGGCGGUAUUGUGGUCGUAUGCCUGGAAAUGAGACAUGUAAAGUAAGUAAACCUUAGAUUUUAUGUUAAAAGCUUGUGGCAGCUAGAUAACAUACAGAGUAGAGGAAAACCUGAAAGAUUAUAAAACUUAACAAUGAACGCUUUGACUAAAAUAUAUUCAACAGCACACAAAGAUGUAUAUAAAGAUAAAAUUAGCUGAUUGGAGUCAAAGUAAUUGGGAAAUCAUAUUAAAUUUUGCUUGAAAGUCUCCAAAAAAUUUCACACAAUGAGGGUUAGAGAUUACAAGGAAACGCACUAAUUUGGAAUCUUAUAAAGUGCUCUACUUGAAUACAUGUUGUGAAUUUGUAGAUGAGAAGUUCAUGCAUUGUGAGCACCAUUGUUUGGCGAGCGAUUAGUAUAUAAAAUAAAAUCCAAGGGUGAGGACUGCUUAGAUGAAGUUAGUAUAGAUGGGGAACCUGAGCUAGAUAUCAUGGAAAGAAAACUGAAGGUAGAUGGCGUUUGCUAUUCCCAAAAAGAUUUGGAACUCUAGGCAAAUAAUGAUAGACAAUUUUAGAUUGUUAAGCUUAUUCUUUUGUAUGGUUCAGAAAGAUGGCAGCCCGUAAAGAAAGAUUAGAUGAAGGCAGACCUGUUUACUCUUACGACUUUGGCGUACAAUGUACGAUUUUGAGGUGUAUACAUUAUAUAUACAGCACGUUUUUGCUCUAUAAAGAGAAUGUAUUGAACGAUUAUAUGAUGAUAUUGUACGAUUUUAAGGGUUUGAGGGUAAACAGGUCUGGAUGAAGGCUUCACAUGUUCGUAAAUAGUUGCCUGUGAAGAUUCCCCAACAGCAGGUGGCUUCACAAAAUCCUAAAUACAGCAGAUGGAUAAGUCGUACAAUAAUUAAAUGAAAUUGAUCCCAAACAUACCAAGACAGAGUCAGCAGGUAAAAUAAAACAUGACAUUGAUGCCAUGUGGUGUCAAGGUCCCAUUGGUGUGUAUCAAUUUGUUCUCAAAACAGGCAGGCUGGCUGGCUUGGUAGAGGAAACAAUAGCUUUAAUGGACACAUCAGUGGCGCCUUUGCGUUUGACUAUAAUGAAGGGAGAAAAGAUGGCACAUUGCUUGUCUUGAGCCAUGUUUUUGUAGGUGUUCACUGAAUCUAUCUGCAGGUCGCCGUCCUGUUUCUUCCACAUGGCACUUUAAGCAGUGUCUACAAACUAUUGUGAAAGCAACAUUCCAGCUGAUACAAGAGAACCAUCUCUUAUUUGAAGAGAACCCUUGGGGGAAGUCAAUAUUUUGAGUUUGAAUGUUGUAAGGAGAGGUAUUGCAGCGGCUACGACGAUAUGGUUUUGUUACAAAUAGGGAGGGAGUGACUCUGUGGUAGCUAUGAACAAGGUCACAUAAAUUCUCUUCCAGUCUAAACACACUGAGAGGUGGUGAUGAGAAAAUGUAAGCAUUCGUGUCAGCUAGCAGAAUGGCAUGAUGUUUUAAAAAAAACUUAUUUAGCAUUGAGAGUGAUAUGUGAGGAUAAGUUUAAUUAUGUCCUCAUACUCAGUGCCAAAGGCACAUGGUUUGAAUGCUUCAAUACGGGUCAUUUUUUUAUGGCUGAUGAAAGGAAUGUUUCUGGCUAAUUCCUGCAAUGGAAAAAAUUGAUAACUUCAUGUGCUUUGUCCUAAAAUUUUUCAUCAGACUGACAAAAUCGAUGUGGUCUAUGUAGUUGUGACAAGGGAAUAGAGUGCCCGCAUGAUUUAUGGUGGGAGGAAGAGCAUAAAAACUAUAUGUGGCCAUCAGUAGAUUUUAUAAUAGUCUGAGGUGGAUGAACCAUCUACUUGAAAGUUUUAUGUCCAAGAAGUUUACAGAAUUCUUACAGAUUAAGGAUGUAAACUUAAUGGAAGAGUGGAAAGUGCUGAUAAACUUAAUGAAAAUGUCAAGUUCAAGUCUCUCCAUGGUAGAUAGUGUGUUUUUUAGGUAUCUUUAGAGGAUAUUAGUUGACCAUAGAUUUAUGAAAAAAUGUCAAACAGAAUGAAAUUUUGAAUUUUUAAAUGAAUGUCUGAUUACUAAUUUUCAAAUGCCCCAAUUGUAAUGUUUGUUCAUUUUAAAAAAUCAAAUUCUUUGUAUGAUUUUUAUUUGAAUCUAAUCUCUUAACAAGUGAAUUAAAGUAAAACCUUUCUGUAUAUCAACAUUCUUCUUUAAUGACUUUUAGGUAAUGAUCAUAUGAUAAUUAUGAUAUUUUACUGUCUGGUUUUUGCUUUAGAUUCUUUUCAUUGCAAAUUACUAGAGCCUUACUUUUAAAAACAUAUAAUAAUUCUCAAUAACUAUUCUCUUAAAAAUUGUAUUUGCAUUUUCAUUUUUGAAAAGGCCUGCCCACGAGGUUAUGCACCGGAUGCUUCUUCCAUUUGUGUACAAUGCAACAGCAAUCCAACAUUUUAUGAUUGGCUCUACCUUGGUUUUAUGGGUCUUGUUUCACUUGUCCUGCACUGGGGAUUCAUAGAUCUACUGUCUCAUCCAAAAAGGUACUCAUUAAACUUAGAUAAAUGCAUUCGGUCUACAUGACGGUCAGUAGUUUAAAUUUACCCAGGGGUAUUUUUGCUAAAAUAUCAAACACACAUUAAACAGAUUUUUAACUUGCAUUUACCUGGUGGUGUAAAUAAAGUUAAAGUCAGUAUUGCCAUGAUAACUUCAUCUACACUGUAUUAGCUUGAGUGCUUACACCAUCUAUCAAAAGCUAAAACUAAUUUAGUCUCUUCUUGGAUUAAAAAUAUAUAAAGACUUGCCUUUUGGUCUGUACAAGAAGGACCUGGUUAUUGGUAUUUUAAAAAAAUUAAAUUAAAAAUACUGAAAUCAACCCACCAUGUUGAUAUAAGAUAAGAUAAUUUGCUUUUAGUCAAGCAUUUAAAUUAUGUUUGUAAUCUACCACUUCUUUGUAGGUAUAACUUUACCACUGAGGCAAUUGUGGUUGACUUGAGUAUUUCUAGAUUUUUACACUUGGAACAGUAACUAGUCAACAUCAUUGGUUGGGGCAAAAAAAUCUGUUUGACACCACUGUUUAAAACUUUUAAUCUCAGAGCCCUAUGCCUUUACCUUUUUUUUUUUUUGCUUUUUUUGUUUCUUAAGAGGUGUCCUUCUACUUCACACAUCAGCCUUCAUUGAGACAGUUUUGGCAGCAUGGCUAACAUUGUUUCUCUCUGAUCCUGUGGGGAAAAUGGAAGUUCGCUCUUGUAAUGUCAACCAGUUUAGUGAUUGGUACACAAUGCUUUUCAAUCCUACCCCUGAUUACUACAACACUGUGUACUGUACUCAGGAGAUUGUUUACCCAUUGUAAGUCAAUAGAACACCAAGUCUCUUCUAUUUCUUCUUAUUAUUAAAUUUUAUUUUUCAGUAUUUUUAUUUUAUCUAUUUUUUUCUAAAAAAAUUUUCUUACUGCACUUAAUUUUUCAGUAUCAAAGAAUUGGACAUUUAAUCUCAAUUUUCUCCAGAAAUGAACUGUAAACAAAUAAUUGUCCAUGAAAUUUCCUAAAACUUUUUAAGGCAUUUGCUCAGUUGCAACAGCAAAUAAAUAUGUACAUAUAACAAGAAUUAGAAAGACAGCAAAGUUGGACUGUUUAAUCUUAUGUUAGAUUUUUAGUUGAAAUCUACAAAAGAAUUAAAUGGCUCAACUUGGUGUCUUAUGAAUCAAUUACAUUCUUCCGUUAACUUUUUUUUCAGGUACACAAUGGUAAUGAUUUAUUAUGUGUUUUCACUUCUAUUCAUGAUGCUGUUGCGACCCAUAAUUUCCUAUAAGCUUCCUGGUUGCCAAGGCUACAGAUCUAUAUAUGCUGCACUAUACUUUCUGCCUAUUCUCAUCUUGAUUCAUGCUGUUUUAGGUGGAGUUAUUUGUAAGUAACAAUGUCUAUUUAUAACAGAUAAGAAAAAUUAAAACAGUUAUCUUAAUAGAAAUAUUAAAUGCCUUUUUUAAUUUACUUGCUGAUUGGUGUCAUCUAUCUCACAUUUAUUUUUAUCAAAACCCAUGAAAACUGAGUUAUCAUUUCAAUAUAAUAAACUUUACUCUGAACAAUUGUUGAUGCCCCUUAUUAUUGUUUUGUAAUGGUUUUUCUGUUGAUAUGCCCUUGUGAUUUGAUUGGGGUAUGUGGAGAGAGAUAGUUUUGAAUCUAUUUAACACUAGCUUAUACGGUACCUUGUAUGUAUGAAAGUAUGUAAUUUGGAAUUUUUAUGAAAAAUAUUAAUAAAAUUUCUUUUAAACGUCUCCAGAUUAUGCUUUUCCUUACAUCAUUGUUGUAGUAUCAGUUAUUACAAGUGCAUGCCAUUUAGCAACAGAAGAAAAUCAGGUUUGUUUGUAAUAUAUAUAUUUUUUGCAGAGAUAUAUUAUUUUAAAAGUAAAAAUGACAUCACUAAUUUCACUGGUAUCUUUUGGUGUCACAAUUUAUUUAUUUAUUUUACAGAAAAUGAAAGAACUUAUCAAGCAGAAUGUGACCAACAUGAGAAAUCUUAUAAUCCUUCUUGGACACUGGCUCCUCCAUGCCUACGGGAUCAUUGCGAUCACACAGCUCAUCCAGCCUGCAUUCCAUGCACCACUCAUAGCAAUGGUUCCUUUCCCAACCAUUUUUUACAUACUCACAGUUAGAUUCACUGAUCCAGCCUUGGUGUAUCCCUUCAAGUCUGGCAGUUUACAAGGUGGAUAAAAUGGGAUUGACAGUUAACUCUCUGGCUAACCUGAUUGGAUUGAUGUGACAAUUUUUCAAUACUGCCCUUAUUUAACUAAACAACCAGCCUUGAGGGAAAGUUGUUAACAGCACAAUCCUAUCACUUUUCUCCUGAUAGGAAGCCAUCCAACCUUUUAUCAAGUACGGAUCAUACUUAAAACACAACCAAAAAACUGGACUGUUGGUUUUGUGCUUUGAAAGCUAACAUUUUCAAAGUUAAUGGGAUGAUGCUGUAUUCAAUACUUUUAUGGUUUUUGACAUCUUUUUAAGUAAAGUUAUGGAAGUCAGUAUUUAUGUCAGUUGCUUACCUGGAAAAAAAUGUGCAUUAUCUGGGGUUAUUUUAAUACAAUGUUUUUAUUCAUUUAAUGGUAGGCAACAACUUAAA